UUAAAAUGUUUACAUAAUUCUCAGGAUAUUACAUCUGAAUUUUUAAAAGAAAUUGAAUCACAUACUAUGAUUAUUUCAAAUUUUGUAACUCAAUGUUUUGGCAUUACUAAAGAUCCAAAAUCUAAUAAUUUCAUGAUGGUAAUGGAAUAUGCAAAAGAAGGUAGUUUAAGACAAUAUUUAAAUAAUAUAUUUAAUUCAAUAAAGUGGGUAGAUAAGUUGAAUAUUUUACAAAAGAUUGCACAAGGUCUCAAUUCUAUUCAUAAAAAAGGAUUAAUUCAUCAUGAUUUUCAUUGUGGUAAUAUUUUAAAAGAUGAUGAUUAUACUAUGAUUACUGAUUUAGGAUUAUGCCGACCAGCAAAUGUAAAAUCUUCUCAGAAUGUAUAUGAAAAAAAAGUAUAUGGAGUAUUACCUUAUGUAGCACCUGAAGUUUUAAGAGGAGGAGAAUAUACUCAAGAAAGUGAUAUUUAUGGAUUUGGAAUUAUUGCCUAUGAAGUCUGUAUAGGGCUUCCUCCUUAUCAUGAUAUUGCUCAUGAUAAAAUCUUAGUUAUUAGCAUUUGUCAAGGGCUUAGGCCAAAAUCUAAUUAUAAAAUUCCUCAACUAAUUUUGGACAUAAUUAAACAAUGUUGGGAUGCAGAUCCUUUAAAAAGACCUAACGCAGAAGAAUUACAUAAAUUAUUAGAUAAUUUAUAUGGUUAUGAAUUUGAUAAGCAAAUUGAGGAAGCAGAUAAAAUUAAUGAGAAGUUAACUUCCUCUUCAUUACCAUAUAAUGGCAUCACCCUUUCAUAUACUACGAAUUCUCAAGCAGUUUAUAUAAGUAGGCUUUUAGACUUAAAUCUUCCGGAACCAAAAAAUGCUAUUAAUGAUAAUUCAUUUGAAAAAUAUUCAGGUAAUUAA